AUGGAAGAGAUACAAAAAUUAAUUAAUGAAUUAGGUGGUUCACAAUAUAAAGAUAAAGAUACAGAACAUUAUUCUGAAGAAGCAGUAGAGUUAUUAAUUAAAAAGAUUGAUAAUAAAUCAAAAGGGAAAACAGUUAUUGAAAGUAAUACAUUAAUUUAUAAGACAUUAGCAGAUUGGUCAAAAGUUGAAGAUAAUAGAGAAACAAUCAUUAGAUCACCAUCAAAUGUAAUUGAAAAAACUUUUCAAUUAUUUGAAUUCUUAUUACCAAAUGGCGUAGAAACAUUAAAUACAGAUACUACAGUUGAACAAUCAGAAUUAUUUUCAAUGGUUUGUAGAUUACUUGGUAAUUUAACCUAUGAAAAUGCACCAAAUCGUGAAUUUAUCUUUGAUAAAACUCCUUCCAUUUUAAAAUAUAUUUCAAGUUUUGUAUCUCAAACAAAGUAUCAAUCAUUACAAAGAACUUCUUGUGCUGCCAUUGCAAAUCUUUCUUCUGAAACUGAUUUUAUUCAACUUGAAUUCUUUAAAUUAGGAGUAGUUUCAAUUUUAAUCGAUUUAAUUUGUAGAGAAGGUACAACUGAUGAAGUUAAUCAAAUGGCAAUUAAAGCAUUUAAUAAUUUAGUUGAUAAUGAAAAUACUCAAGUUGAUAUUCAUUUCAAAGAAAUUCAUAGAUUAUUAGGACAAUUAAAGAAAUCAUUAAAUAAAGAAGGUUAUUAUGAAAAUUCAUUCGCUAAUGAUUUGGUUUCAUCAUUAUCAACUCUUUCUCUUAAUAAGGAUUUACAAAAAGAAAUAUUAAAAGAAGGAUUUUUAAAUGAUUUAAUUGAAUUAAUUGAAGAAUCAAAUGUACAUAGAGAAAUGAUUAAUCAAUUUGAAGAUGAUGAUAUUGAAAAGGAUAAGGAUAUUUCAAUUGCACCAUCAACAUCAGAGUUAAUAUUUAAAUUAGCCGAUAAUGAUGACUAUAGACAAUACUUUUAUAAUAAGGAAAGAGAUGGAAACGAUGCAAAUAACAUUUUGGAUAGAAUGAUAAAAAUAAUGACAUCACCACCACCAGCCUAUAAAGAUGGCGAUAGCAAGGCUCAAUUGAAAGCAUUGGAUGUUGCCAAAGUGAAGAAAAACAUAACGAAAACCAUUGCAUUAUGUUCAUUAGAGGAUGAUGUAAUCGAUAAAUUCAUUAAAACUCCAAAGAUUUUCGUUGAUUUAUUGGUCGAUACUGAAGACACUGAAAGAAUUGUAAAUGGUGAAAUGAUCAUUGGUAAUCUCGCAAGAUCCGAACCAAAUUGUAGAUUAUUAAAUUCAUACAAUGUCAUUGAGCUAAUUGCUGAUAUCAUGAAAAAGUUUCCAAAUUUUCAACCAAUUCAACAUUUAGGUUUAUCUUCCAUUAGAAAUCUCACACUUCCAACUAUAAACAAAGGUUUCAAACCAAGUUCAACUUUGAUGGAAGAUGUAGUUUUCAAUUCAAAAGUACACAAUCAAGUCAUUCAAUUCGCUGCUUUAUCUUUGAUAAAGAAUUUCAUUGGUUGUGAUCAAUCAAACUUAAAAUUAUUCUUGGAAUUUCCAAAUGCUCUUCAAUCAUUAUUGGAUUUAGCCAAUGGUAGAGUACCUGCAAGUAUGGAUGAUGAAUCUGAUCAACAAGAACAAUUACAAUUAGAUGAUGCUAAAAUUCAAGAAAUUGAAGAGAAAUUUGAAGAAAAAGAAAAAACAAUUGAAAAAACAGAUGAAAAAACAGAUGAAAAAACAAAUGAAAAGAAACAAUCAAAGAAAGAUAUGAGAGUAAUUUAUGAAGCAACUAGAUUAUUACUUAGAUUUUUAGAUAAUUCUGAAUUAUCAAAUCAUCAAGAGAAAAUGAAACAAUUGAUUGAGGAAUCAGUUGAACCAUUCUUUAGUUUAUUACAAUCUCCUUUCCCAAUUUUACAAGUUGAAGGUGCAAAAGGUUUAGUUUUACUCAUUAAACAUGAUAAACAACUCUUUUUAUCACGUCCAUCAUGGGUAAAAGAUUUGGUUGAAGUUUUAUCCCUUUCAAUCAUUCCUUUCCAACAACUCUCAAGAGAACAAUCAACAAUUACUACCGAUCCAAAUCAUCAAAAAUUAAUUGCACAAAUUCAAUCAAAUUGUAAUUUUAGUACCGAACUUCAAAAUGUUAUCCUUUCAAAUAUUUUUUACAAUUUCUCUUUAGAUGAAUCAAUUUGUAAAAAAAUGAAAGAUCAAAAUGUUAUUUCUGAAUUAAAAACUUUAAAAUCAAAACAAGAUGCACCACAAUCAUUAACAAAUUUAAUUCAAAAAAUUUUAGUUCAAUUAACAAUUUAA